AACUCGUGACCAGUCCCUAAUAAAUCCAACAUGGCGGCUAUAGGUGCUUUGGCUGCUUAUGGCGAAGAUAGCGAUUCUGACAGCAAUGAAGUACAAGAAGAAGAGAUCACAGCGGAUCACACCGCUCACUUAAACCCUCAAGCUUCCAUAGAAAGCUUGAAGUCGAGAGCUCAGAUAAACAUGGCCCCUGUCGUGACUCAUAAGGGCGAUAUCGAAGUAUCACGAAAGAUUGAUUCCAACACAAAAGAAGUCGCAUUCAACCCAAAAUAUGAAGAACUCUUUGCCCCACAGGUAGGUCCAGACAAUCCCUUUAAGACAAAACAGCAGCAAGCUGCAAAGAAUGCACUAGCUGGUUAUGUUGAGAAAGCCCACAUGAGUGAUUUUGCCUUUGAAGUCCAAAGAAGAACUUUCACAAGUUAUGGUUAUGCUCUGGACCCAAGUGUGUCUGGUGAAGCUGUGGCAGAAUCAAGUGUUAUUGGUGAUGUCACUAAAGCUGAUGAACUAAAAGGAAAUACAGUUUUUGAGAGUGUCAAGACACGCCCAGGUGACAAGAGGAAGAGGGAGGGGCGAGGUGACCCAGGAGACAUAGAAGGCUACCAGGGGCCUUGGGCUCCCUUUGUUGACGAGUCCAAAAGUGCCAAGCCAUCAGAGGAGGAAGCCAGCAAACUUGAAGAGUUUGAAAACACAAAACAGAAGAGAACUAAGAAAGACGAAGAGAAAAGUGCAGAAGAGAAGACAACCUUGCAUGUCAAGGAUGCUGUGGACUACCAAGGGAGAUCUUACUUACAUAUUCCAAAAGAUCUGGAUGUCAAACUGGACACUAAUGAGCCACCGGAGAGAUGCUAUCUACCGAAAAAGCACAUACAUACAUGGACUGGUCACACAAAAGGCGUGUCAUGUGUCAGGUUCUUUCCUGUUUCUGGGCAUCUGUUGCUCUCAUGUAGUAUGGACUGCAAAGUCAAGUUAUGGGAAGUAUACAACAAAAGAAGAUGCCUCAGAACAUUUUCAGGUCAUAGUAAGGCUGUUCGAGAUGUCUCCUUCAAUAAUGAUGGUACACAAUUCCUGAGUGCUGGAUAUGAUAGAUAUGUGAAACUCUGGGAUACAGAAACUGGUGAAUGCCUUGGACGUUACACCAAUAAAAAGAUCCCGUACUGUGUCAAGUUUAAUCCUGAUGAGGAUAAGCAACACCUCUUUGUUUGUGGCACGUCAGAUAAGAAGAUUCUUACGUGGGAUAUACGCGCCAACGAAAUAGUCCAAGAGUAUGAUAGACAUCUUGGGGCAGUAAAUACAAUCACCUUUGUGGAUCAAAACAGAAGAUUUGUCACGACGUCAGACGACAAGAGUUUAAGAGUAUGGGAAUGGGACAUUCCGGUGGACUUCAAAUACAUUGCUGAGCCCUCGAUGCAUUCUAUGCCCGCCGUAGCCUUGCAUCCUAAUGAAAAAUGGCUGGCCUGUCAAUCCAUGGAUAAUCAAAUCUUGAUCUUCAACGUCCUCAACCGCUUCCGUCAGAACAGGAAAAAGAUCUUCAAGGGUCACAUGGUCGCUGGAUAUGCUUGUCAACCAAAUUUCUCCCCUGAUGGAUCGUAUGUCAUUUCUGGUGAUGCCGAUGGCAAACUGAAUAUCUGGGACUGGAAAUCAACGAAACUUUACAGCAAAUUCAAGGCACAUGAUGGCGUCUGCAUCGGCUGCGCAUGGCAUCCGCAUGAAACCUCCAAAGUUGUUACCUGUGGCUGGGACGGGCUAAUAAAAUACUGGGACUAGUUAUAACGUUAUCAACACGGGAAACCUGUGGUUUGUACCCCCUCAUAAAGCACUGGGACUAUUAAUAAUAUCUUCGGUGUGGGGAACCUGUGAUUUGUACCGCUCAUAAAGUACUGGCACUAGUGUAACGUCAUCGACACAGGAAUCCCGUGACUUGAACUACUCAUAAAGUAUUUGGACUAGUCACACAUCCUCAACGUGAACUUUCUGUGUCCGGAAACAUCUUAUAAAGUACUGGGCUAUUUCAUGUCCUCAUUUGGUGUACCUGUGGUUGUGAGUAUUGGGAGUAAUACAUGAGGGAUACCUGUGCCAUGGAUUGGCUCGUGAAGUAUUAGGACUACUGGAUGUUUCAAGGCUUGAUACCUGUCUGAAGACGGCGAGGCUUGACUGGGACCGCAUAAAGAUAAGCUUGAUGUUUUGAAUUGAUGACAUUAUGGCACCUGUUUAAACCUGAAGACCGAAAACUCUCGCAGUGAUUCUAGAAGUUAGAUUCUGAUUUCUUUGCAUAUUUUUUAGUAUUUAUACACUUUUUUAAUUGUGGGUUUCCUGUUAAGACGGGUGUAAUCUUGAGAAGGGGAAAUGGGGGGGAAGUGGAGGCCUUUUGACUUAUGCAAGGUGAAUAGCGGGGAAAAAACUCUUUUGCGCUCCCCACCACAGGAAGCCCGCGCAAAAUCUAUCUCAAUUAAGAAAGUCAACAUGUCGUGAAAUAUUACUUGUUUGUAGAAUGUUCAUUUAGCUCUUUCAGAAUGUAAAUAAAGUCUUUUUAGAACAGAGCA